AUGGAUUUCGAAGAACAAACAACUGGUCUCGACUCAGCCUUGAUUCAAGUUCCCCAAGAACAAUCAUUACUAUCAAGAAAACAAGUACCGGUCAAAGAUGAGAUUGUGGAGGAAGUGAAGAAGCAGCUGUUGUUAGCAGGGCCACUUGUCGCAUCAAAUUUCUUGCUAUUUGGCAUGCAGCUUAUUUCAGUCAUGUAUGUUGGUCAUGUUGGGGAGCUGGCCCUGGCAGGUGCUUCCAUGGCCACUUCAUUCGCUUCGGUGACUGGUUUGAGCUUGACGAGAGGAAUGGGUAGCGCGUUAGACACGUUCUGUGGCCAGUCUUAUGGUGCAAAAGAGUAUCAUAUGCUUGGCAUACACAUGCAGAGGGCAAUGCUUGUUCUUCUUCUGGUAAACAUUCCCCUUGCAUUUGUAUGGGCCAAUGCUGGCCGCAUUCUUGAAUUCUUGGAUCAAGAUCCAGAAAUAUCAGCUGCUGCUGGCAACUAUGCUUGUUUAUUGAUACCUAGCCUUUUCGCUUACACAAUCCUAGAAUCGCAUGCCAGAUUCCUGCAAACUCAAAACAAUGUGGUUCCUUUGAUUGUUAGCACAGGAGCUGCAACGCUUGUGCACUUGCUCAACUGUUGGGUUCUGGUAUACAAGACCAGCCUUGGAUACAGAGGCGCUGCUUUGGCAACCUCCGUCACGUAUUCAAUCAAUGCAUUGUUAUUGGCUCUUUAUGUCAGAGUCUCUCCCUCUUGUAAGCUCACAUGGACUGGAUUCUCAAAGGAGGCCUUUCAUGGAAUUCCCAAUUUUUUAAAACUAUCAAUUCCUUCAGCUGUAAUGGUCAGCUUAGAAGUCUGGUCAUUCGAAAUGAUAGUGCUCUUAUCAGGUUUUCUUCCUAAUCCAAAGCUUGAAACCUCAGCCCUCUCAAUCAGCUUUAACACAUGUUUAAUGGUCUAUAUGAUUCCCCUGGCUUUCAGUGGUACAGUAAGCACAAGAGUUUCAAAUCAAUUGGGAGCUGGGCAACCACGAAUGGCGUGUAUAGCAAUAUGCGUUGCACUAUCCAUUGUUGUUACUGAAGGCAUUGUGGCUGCUGCAGUCAUGAUAUUGGCUCGAAACGUUUGGGGUUACUGUUACAGCAGUGAAAAAGAGGUUGUGAAGUAUGUUGGAGAAAUGUUGAUUUUUGUCGCGCUAUCCCACUUUUUUGAUGGACCUCAAUCUGUUCUUUCAGGUGUCAUAAGAGGAAGUGGGCAGCAAAAGAUUGGGGCAUAUGUUAAUCUGGGAGCCUAUUAUCUUACAGGAAUUCCUACCGCAGUCUUAUUAGCUUUUGUGCAGCACAUUGGAGGGAAGGGUCUUUGGAUUGGAAUUAUUAUGGCGCUAUUUGUGCAAGCACUAUCUCUUGCAAUCAUAGUCAUAUGCACAGAUUGGGAGAAAGAAGUGAAGAAAGCUUCUGAUAGAGUGUUCAACAGAGUGACCGUGGCUGAGUCGUCAAGCUGA